AUGGUGACGUACCUCCUGACUGAUGCACUCAUUAAAAAUUUCGUCCUACAGAAAUUAAAAGCAAGAAUAAGGAUGAAUGUCAUUAACGAAGCGCUGGAGGAAAUAUCGCUCGGUGCAUCCACACGGGAAGACAAAAACACAAAAAGGCUUAAGGACGAACGAACUUUCUUAAACCAGAAGAGGCGCGUUUUGAAUCAAAAAAUAAAAAAAUUGCGAUUAAUAAAUUAG